AGACCUGUCUUGCUUUGCUUUCCUCGUCCACAAACCUAACUGCAUCUAAGGUUUCAUCUUCAUGUCCUAACACUUGAAGAGAAGAGAACUCGAUAACUGUUGAAGAUUCAUCUUGACACACCAACAUGGCCAAGAACUACGACAACUGGGAGAGAUUGGUGCAUGCCGUCCUGCGCGGCGACGAUCCAGACAGGGAAACUGCGUCGAGUCAUUCCAGGGAUCUCAGCAGCACAAUCAUCUCCCCGUCCUCUACUUGGGAUGUUAGUUUUAGCCAUGAACAGUCAAUUGCUGAUGGACUGGGACGGCAGUUACCUAUGGAUUAUUCAGGUUUAACGCUUGAUCACAGCGAGUGGAAGACGAUGCUACCGCCCGAUAAGCAGGAAGUGGCAUGGCGAUCAGCUUCCCUGAGCUACUUUCUGGACCCAAGUAGUGGAAAGAACUGUUUCACGCUUGGAGCUGCAAGGCUUGUAUUCUCGUCCGAACGUUGGGACAUGAUAUCUCACCCCAGCUCAAGGUUCUCAGAGGUGAGUGCUCUACCAACACAUUCACGUCGGACAGUGAAGUUUGAUAUCCGAGGCAGGAUCAAAACCCAAAUGCUUUCCCCAAACACUCCCUACGCAGCAUAUCUAGUGUUUGAAUUAGCUCACAAUAAUGACACAAAAUUGCAUUUCGCAUAUACCACAAUCAGACUUGUCCGUGGGGAUCCAUCAGAUUCUAAUCACUCCAAAAGGCGAGAACAUCGGAUAGUGAGCUUUGAACGGCCGACCUCCUGUAGAGCUGACGAGUGGAUGGAAAUACAAUUGGGAUGUUUCUACAUCGAUGAGGGUGGCAAAGGAGAGGUUGAGGUGAGGAUAGUAGAGUUGGCUCGCGACAAAAUGGACGGCCUCAUCGUUGAAGGCAUUGAGUUUCGACCGAUCCUGGACAAGGUCUAAGGGCAUUUUUCAUACUUUAGGAUUUCAAAACUUCUUACUCGAAUCGAGUUUAGUUGAAUCAAAUUAAUUACAAAAUAAGUGUAUCAGACUUGUUAUGUGAUUCGUUACUUUUCUAAACUGUAUACCAGUUACACGACAAGUAUAUCACAA